AUGUCAAUAUACGAUUCUCAUCAGCUUAGUUCUUACAAUAGCGAUACUUUAAGUUGGGCUAAUGAAGUUGAAUUAAAUGAAUCAAACGAGUUAAACGAAUUAAAUGAAUCAAACGAGUUAAAUGAAUUAAAUACAUCUAAUAUAUUAGAAGAUGUACAUAACCUAGAUGCUGAAUCUGAUUCGAAUUCUCUUGACCAACCUCCGUUAAGUGGAGUUACUAUUACUAAUAGUUUAGAUAAAAGAGUUCGAAAAAAAAAGAAUUUUACUUAUUCCAAAAAACUGAAUUCAAGAGAAAAUAAGGAUAGUUUAAAAAAAGAAUGUAGUAAUGACUACAAAUUAUCAACUGGAACAGGCAAUUUAAAAGCUCACCUUCAUCAAAUUUACAAAAUUUUGCCUUCUGAAGAAAAUAAUCAGAAUCAAUCAGUUAAAAUAGCUUCAAACCAACUAUCAUUACAUGAUUUUAUAAAUAAAAAAACAUCCUUACCUACUUCAAAGCAAAAUAAAAUCACAAAUCAUGUUUUAGCCUAG